UAGAGCUCGCCCUUUGCGAUGGUCGCCUGCCACGAGCUGCGGUGAAAACUUGCGUUGACAGAAAGGUGCGCGUUUUGUUCUUGAUCGAUAUUUGUCCUCAUAUUGAAGCCGGAUCAGAGAUGACUUGCCUUCAGACCGGGGACUGACUAUGAUCUGAAUCGCUGUCUUGUAGAGUUGCUCUGGUGUCUUGGUCAUCCUGUCACGCCAACAUGACGAAAGAAGAGGAGAUCCCUGACUGGGUGGGAGCCCAGGAGUUUUAUGAAAAAUAUGAUCCCAAGGAGGUUCUGGGAAGGGGAGUUAGCAGCGUGGUGCGUCGCUGUAUUAACAAGCGGACCGCUCAGGAUUACGCAGUGAAGGUCAUCGACAUCACCCCCUCAGACAAGAUGACACCGCCGGAAAUCGAGGAGAUCAGAGAAGCUACGGUCAAGGAGAUUGACAUCCUUAAGAAAGUCUGCGGACAAGACAAUAUCAUACAGCUCAAAGACUGCUAUGAGUCCAAGGCCUUCUUCUUCCUGGUUUUUGACCUGAUGAAGAAGGGAGAGCUUUUUGACUACCUCACUGAAAAGGUUACCUUGAGUGAGAAAGAAACCAGGAAGAUCAUGCGUGCCCUGCUGGAGGUGGUCCGAUUCCUCCACAACCAGAACAUCGUCCACAGAGAUCUGAAGCCUGAAAACAUCCUUUUGGAUGAUGAGAUGAACAUCAAACUCACUGACUUUGGAUUUUCUGUGCAGCUCGAUCAAGGACAGCAGCUCAACGAGGUGUGUGGGACUCCUGGUUACUUGGCCCCUGAGAUCAUUGAGUGCUCCAUGAAUCCCGACCACGCAGGAUAUGGUACCGCUGUGGACAUGUGGAGUUCAGGGGUGAUCAUGUACACCUUGCUGGCUGGCUCUCCUCCUUUCUGGCAUAGGAAACAGAUGCUGAUGCUACGUAUGAUCCUGGCAGGGCAGUAUGAUUUCUCUUCUCCAGAUUGGGCGGACUGCUCGGACACUGUGAAAGACCUGAUCUCGCGGCUGCUGGUGGUGGACCCUAAAAAACGCUACACUGCUGAUGAUGCCCUCAACCACCCCUUCUUCUCACAGUAUGUGGUAGCUGAAGUGCGACAAUUCAGCCCAUACAGGCGCUUCAAGGUCAUUUGCAUGACGGUGCUUGCCACAAUGCGCAUCUACUGCAACUACCGUCGUGCUAAGCCUGUAACCAAGGAGGUGAUCAAGAGCGACCCUUACGCGGUCAAACCCAUCCGCAAGCUCAUCGACGCCUGCGCUUUCAAGAUAUAUGGUCACUGGGUGAAGAAAGGCCAAACCCAGAACAGGGCAGCCCUGUUCGAGAAUACUCCCAAGGCCAUCCUGAUCUCACUGGCUGCAGAAGCAGAGGAGUCACCUCUCCACACAUGGUAAUACCACUUUUUCCUCAG